AUGGCGUCUGUGCAAGCACCUCCUGGUGUUCAGCAGCACCCAGGGGGUCCUAUGCCUACCGGCGCAACAAAGCAGCAGGCUGAAGAAGUCUUUCGGAAACUCAAGCAAAUGAAGGACCAGGGUGUUCCUGCGUCCGACCCUGAAUAUAUCAAAGCACACCAAUUCCUCACGAGUUUUCAACAACAACACAACAUGCGCCGCACCCAGCAGCAGAUGAUGCAACAACACCAGCAGCAGAUGCAGAGCAUGCCCAACGGCGCUGCCAACGGCGCUCAGGCCCAGCGUUCCCAACAAGGGACACCGCAACCCGGACAACCCGUGCUCAACACUUCAGGUAUUACUGCUGCGGCGGCGGCUCCCAACGCUGUGGCUACGCCGACUGCUAGCGCUUCACCCGCCGCCGGCGCAUCGAAUCUCUUCAGUCAGCAGCAGCUUGCCCUUCUCAGGCAGCAAAUUCAUGCGUUCAAGUUACUUGGCAAAAAUGCUGGCGUCUCUAUGCAGCUGCAGCAAGCAAUUUUUAAUCAGCGCUUGCGUCGGCAGGCUAUCAUGGCUGAUUCUCCAGUCUCUACCCCAACCAAGGGCCCUGCUGCUGACAAUAAGGAUGCUCCCAAUGGUGGUGAUGUGGCUGUCCAGGAUGAGGCAGACCGAAUGCCGAAGCAGCAUGUCUAUAAGGCGGUCAAGUCUCCUUACGGCACCAACAUGGUCCGCCCAACCAUCAACUAUUUUGAUCAUACCCAGCGCAAGAACCGUUGGUUUAUUCCUGGCAUCUUCCCCACCGGUAUCGAUGCUGAGCAUCUGCGAUAUGAACACGAAGUUGUUGUAUUCAACCGCAUGAGCCAGCGCUACGCGGAGCUGAAGAACAUGCCCGCCAACAUUGGCCAUGUUGAUGCCACCGACGACAACCUUGAGGUCCACGACGAUCUCAAGAGACGCGCCAUCAUUGAGAUGAAGAAGUUGGCACUGUAUUCUAAACAGCGCCAACUACGUGAAAAGGUUGGCCGGCAGAUGCUGCACUAUGACAACUUGGCAAUGACGACAAAUCGUUCCAACUACCGUCGCAUGAAGAAGCAGAACGUUCGCGAGGCUCGCAUCACCGAGAAGUUGGAGAAGCAGCAGCGUGACGCUCGUGAGAACCGCGAAAAGAAGAAGCACUCCGACUUCUUGCGUGCCAUCUACAACCACCGCGCCGAAAUUCACGAAACUGCCAGCGGCCAGCGCACCAAGUUCCACAAGCUCAGCCGUCUCAUGUACUCUCAGCACUUCAACAUCGAGAAGGAAGAGCAGAAGCGUGUCGAGCGUACCGCCAAGCAGCGUCUCCAAGCUCUCAAGGCCAACGAUGAAGAAGCCUAUCUCAAACUGCUCGAUCAAGCCAAAGAUACUCGUAUCACGCACUUGCUGCGCCAAACCGAUGGCACACAAAGGCAGGCUGCCGAGCGCUAUGGCGACGACUCCGAGCAGUUUGCAGCCGAAGAAUCUGAAUCUGAGCCUGAAGAGGAGGAUGAAGAGACAGGCGGAAAGAAGAUCGACUACUAUGCUGUUGCUCACAGAAUUCGUGAGGAAGUUACUGAACAGGCCAACAUGCUGAUUGGUGGCAAGCUCAAGGAGUAUCAGGUCAAGGGUCUUCAAUGGAUGAUCUCACUCUACAACAAUAACCUGAAUGGUAUCCUCGCAGACGAAAUGGGUCUCGGAAAGACCAUUCAAACUAUCAGUCUGAUUACAUAUCUCAUUGAGCGCAAACAGCAGAGCGGACCAUAUCUCGUCAUUGUUCCUCUGAGUACCCUCACUAACUGGAACCUCGAGUUCGAGAAGUGGGCGCCCGGCAUCAGCCGCAUUGUUUACAAGGGUCCUCCUAAUGCUCGUAAGCAGCAGCAGGAAAAGAUCCGCCAGGGUCGUUUCCAAGUUCUUUUGACCACGUACGAAUACAUUAUCAAGGACCGACCAAUCCUGAGCAAGAUCAAAUGGUUCCAUAUGAUCAUUGAUGAAGGUCAUCGCAUGAAGAACAGCAACUCUAAGCUGAGUGCAACCAUCCAGCAGUACUACAACACCCGUUUCCGCCUUAUUCUUACUGGUACUCCGCUGCAGAAUAAUCUUUCUGAACUCUGGGCUAUGCUCAAUUUUGUCUUGCCAAACAUCUUCAAGUCUGCUACGACAUUCGAUGAAUGGUUCAAUACUCCCUUUGCCAAUACUGGUGGGCAAGACAAGAUUGAACUUACAGAAGAAGAGCAAAUCUUGGUUAUUCGUCGUCUACACAAGGUGCUGCGACCAUUCCUUCUGCGUCGUCUCAAAAAGGAUGUCGAGAAGGAUCUUCCUGACAAGACGGAAAAGGUCAUCAAGUGCAAGUUCUCAGCUCUACAAUCGAAGCUGUACAAGCAAAUGGUUACCCACAACAAGAUUGCCGUGGGCGACGGCAAGGGUGGAAAGACCGGUGCGCGUGGUCUCAGCAACAUGAUUAUGCAGCUGCGAAAGCUUUGCAACCAUCCGUUCGUUUUUAGCGAAGUUGAGAAUGUCAUGAAUCCCCUCAGCAUCAGCAACGAUAUCCUGUGGCGAACGGCGGGCAAGUUUGAGCUUCUGGACCGGAUCCUGCCAAAGUACCAGGCAACAGGCCAUCGUGUACUCAUGUUCUUCCAGAUGACUGCCAUUAUGGACAUUAUGGAGGACUAUCUCCGCUACCGUCGCAUGGAGUAUCUCCGGCUCGACGGUACCACCAAGUCUGACGAGCGUUCGGAUCUGCUACACGAUUUCAACUCCCCUGAUUCGAAGUAUUUUGUUUUCUUGCUUUCCACCCGUGCCGGUGGUCUCGGUCUGAAUCUGCAGACAGCCGAUACUGUCAUCAUUUACGACUCGGAUUGGAAUCCUCAUCAAGAUUUGCAGGCCCAGGAUCGUGCCCAUCGUAUCGGCCAGAAGAACGAAGUCAGAAUUCUCCGUCUGAUCAGCUCCAACUCGGUCGAGGAGAAGAUCCUCGAGCGUGCUCGCUUCAAGUUGGACAUGGAUGGCAAGGUUAUUCAGGCCGGUCGUUUUGAUAACAAGUCGUCAGAAACUGACCGAGAUGCCAUGCUUCGAACUCUGUUGGAAACAGCUGAUAUGGCUGAGUCUGGCGAGCAAGAAGAGAUGGAAGACGACGAGCUGAACAUGCUUCUAGCACGUAGCGAUGAAGAGAUCAUGAAGUUCCAGGCCAUUGAUGAGCAACGCGCAAGAGAAUCCCCGUACGGCGGCUCCAAGGGCAAGCCCAGACUAAUGGGUGAGGAUGAGUUGCCCGAGAUCUACCUGAGCGAGGGCAAUCCUGCUCCUGACGAGACAGAGGAUCUUGUUCUUGGCCGUGGUGCUCGUGAGCGAACCAAGGUCAAGUAUGACGAUGGCCUCACUGAGGAGCAGUGGCUCAUGGCUGUUGAUGAUGAUGAAGAUUCACCAGAGGCAGCGGCACAGCGCAAGCAGGCUCGCAAAGACAAGCGCGAGUCUAAACAGAAGAAGUUGGGGAUGGACGACUCUCCUGCCGCCAGUCGCGCCAGCACAGAAGAGAUUGAGACACCGAAAAAGCGUGGUCGCAAGCCUGGUAGCAAAAACGAGAAGCGCAAGGCUGAAGACGGAGACGAUGAGCCGCCUACUAAGAAACGCCGUGGCCCUCAAGGACGGCCUAGCAAGGGAAGCGCGAACGAGUCUCGUCUGAAUCCUCAGCAGCGGCAGCUCCUGCAAAAGUGUCUACGAUCUCUGUACGACGCCUUGAUGGCUCUCGAGGUUGACGAUAUUGAACCGCCUGCCGAGGAUGACGAAUCUGACGCUGGCAAACGCCUCAUUAUUGGACCCUUCAUCAAGCUGCCGCACAAGCGCGACUAUGCCGAUUACUACCUCAUCAUUACGAAUCCCAUCUGUAUGAAUCAAAUUCAGACACGCAUCAAGAAGGAAGAGUACAAUGCUCUCAGCGAUCUGAAGAAGGACUUUGACCUCAUGAUUCGCAACUGUCAAACGUACAAUGAAGACGGUAGCAUUCUGUAUCAGGAUGCCAAGACCAUGGCUGAAUUCUUUGUGGCAAAGUAUCAAGAGCAGAUGGAGACGUUCCCUGCACUGCAGGAACUUGAAGAGGGCGGCAAGGCUAGCUCUGUUGCUCCCUCGGCUGCCGAAAGCACGCCACAGCCGAGCGGCACUCGCAUCAAGAUCAUCACAAACAGCGCGCGCGAGGCUAAUGGGACGCGACCCGCUGGCCAGAGCGACGAGGAAUAA